AUGUCUUCUCUCAGAACCGAUGCCGAGCGUCAUGACUUCUUCUGGUCCACUUGGGUGAUUGGCGGUGCCAAAUGGAGGAACUUUUCGGGCUUCGUGGUCCCCCCGCCACCGACCGCGACACUGGAGAGUUGCGACUACAAGAUAGAGGAGGGUCUGGUUCGGUCAAAUAUCGAAAACAGCAUCAGCAAGAUGCUCGGUCAGGCUGGCAUCAUGGUCGGGUGCUUGCGAUACGUCGACGUCUUUAGCCCGAAAGAAGUCGACGCAGCCUACUCCAACUACUUCGAUGUCAAGCACGGGACUAUAAUAUAUGCGAAUAGGAAGGGUCUUCCAAGACCUGAAGUGUCUCCCUUGCGCGCUAUUGUCCGCAUGAAGAUCGUCAACGAUGACACGAAGGAUGUCAUGUUCACGGCGCGAAGCCAAUCGCCUUCGAUUCGAGAAGAGCUGUACGGUUACGUGGAGUAUAGCGAAUGGGACCCAGGCUUCCAUGCUAUUCUUGGCACGCCGAACGGUGCCAGUACCCUCCGAAUGCUAUCGGACCACAAACAUGAGCUUGAAUACAGGCUGGUUGACAAGAUCGUGGUGUUUGGAGACAAGGAGCUAAGCCUUCUCGCGCCGCCUGAGAGUCGAUCAUUGGCAGUAGUACUCUGCACUGCUCGUCCAACUCCGGUACCAAGCCCUACGGAGGACAAAUACGCUUCAAAGAAGCAAAAGCUUGAGGAUGGAACAGGAAGGAAAACCUGCCAAACCCGGGAGCAUACCUGA